AUGGGUCGAGAUGCGAGAAGAUCUGCAACUGUCUGCAUGCCUCUGACUGUGAUCGGUGGGACGGCUGUGUUUGUCUGGAAGGUUGGAGAGGACACAGAUGUGAAGAUCCCUGUAAACCGGGAACGUAUGGACCGAAAUGUGAGAGUAGUUGUGUUUGUCACAACGGGGUCUACUGCAGUCCUAGCGACGGGACAUGUAACUGCACAGCAGGCUGGAAAGGCACGACGUGUAGCCAGCCAUGCGAGAAGGGCAAGUUCGGGCACACCUGCCAAUCUGACUGCACCUGCAAGAACAACGCCACCUGCCAUCACGUGGACGGCAGCUGCACCUGUAUCCCACCAUGCAUGUACGAAAAAAUGGAAGCUUUUUGACAUAAACAAGCCACUUCCAGCAGAGGAGUAUGCUGUAUGUGAGUUGAGGAGGAUGGAAGAAGACCUGGCAGACAAGUUACGCCCGGGAUGGCUGGAGCGAUGGCAGAUAGACAGCAGUCGGUUGACAUUGGGAGAUAUGAUAGGGAUGGGUGCAUUCGGUCUGGUGACACAAACUAACCUAGUCUUGCCUACAGAGCAACAAACUGUUGCAGCCAAGAUGAUCCGCUUCAACGACAAACUGUGUUACCAGGACUUCUACAGAGAGACAGCGAUACUUACAGCGAUACAUGAGGAAAAGGGAUACAAUCCACGAAAAUCUAACAUUAUCCAGUUGUUUGGAUUUAACAUCAAAUCCAAUCCAAAGUGCUUGAUCCUCGAGUACGCCAGCAAAGGAAACCUCCUGAACUUCUUAAGGCAAAAGAAAAACGACUUACAUAACUUUCUGUAUUUUGCCAUUGACAUUACACAAGCUCUAGGUCAUUUGAAACGUCUCCGCAUUUCCCAUCGCGACGUGGCCGCACGUAACGUUCUAAUCACCGAACAGAAUAUCGCAAAACUCGGCGACUUUGGCCUUGCUCGCGACGUAUACAGCACAGCACAAUACAUCCCUGUCAAUCACCAAGGCCAAGAACAACGUCUCCCGUUGAAAUGGAUGGCGAUUGAGUCCCUCCUACAUCUUCAGUUCUCGUGGAGCGACCUGUGGUCCUUUGGUGUGCUUCUGUGGGAGAUUGUAACAGGUGGGACGGACCCCAUGUACGGCAACACACCACAGCCGACCUGUCAGCAGCUUGUGGAGAUCCUACAGCAGGGGAUCCGUCUGGACAUGCCUGCGGAGUGUCCUCCAGACCUGUACGUCAUCAUGACGUCAUGUUGGAGCGAGGACCCAACAGCAAGGCCAAAACCAGAAGUGUUAAGAGAAAGACUGAUUCGAGAACAGCAAAAACUGAAUCCACACCAAGUAUUCAUUGAGAGGGAAACAGUGGUGUGA